ACAGUAAUGUUCAGGACAUUUCAUAGUUUUUUUUUCACAUUUAGAACGGGACUUGGUGUUAUCUGCCAUCAACGGUUUAGCACGUGACUGAACUCCAUUAGUCAAUACAAACAGAGUUCUUUUGUCACUAACCUCCGUCUUGAGCAAGGAAGGAGUGGCAGUACACGUUCAUGACAUGUUUUUGUUGUGUUUAGAAGGCGUGGCAUCACCAGGUGAUUGACGGACGGAGACGAUUUCGUCACCAAGGACUGGCAACGGGUGGAGCGCCGGCUCCAUGUCAUCAGCGGUCCGUCGUCGUGCGCGAGCUCGCGUAGAGCGAGGGAGGGGAGCAUCCACGAGGAUAUUUGAGAAUAUUUUCAACAGCUGGAGAACACGCUGCCCUGAGUCCUGUUUGCUGCUGAUGGUGUAAAAGGGAGAACAAGCGAAUGUACCACACGAUUCAGUAGGAAAAGUUUACGCCACACCUGCCAGGUUUUUGGAGUCACGUGAUAAAAUGUAAUUUCACUUUGUUCUUCUUAUUUAUUAUUUCUGAGAAGCUUGUUCGAGAUUCCAACGAGUUAUCUGUGUGUAAGGACUGCAAUACGGAUAUAAGAUUCUGCCACAAGCAUGCGCAGUCACAAUACAAGGCUGGCCAUUUUAUCAGCAACCAUCUUGUGUUUUGCUGCCUACGUGUUCCUCUACAGGAAACAAAGCCUUUUCACCUCAAGAAACGGUUUGAUCGCCCAGAGUACAGAGACGACAGUUAAUAAUCCUCCUGCAGUAACGGUUUCUGCUAAUGGCUGGACUCAAAGCAACUUCUCAAGCACAGACUCUGCAAGGCUUACGACUCAGCAGGAACGGGCGACUACCAGCAGUGUCAUCACCUUGACAGGUACAACAAAAAAGCCGGUUGUCUGUCAGGAAUAUAAUCUCACCUUUGUCUCUGCUUUCUUCGAUUUCGGAGACCACGCGAAAGGCGGUGGCCGGCGGACUGUGCAGGCGUACUACCCGUGGAGCGAAGCCUUUGGUCGCAUUUACGCUCCUUUGAUCUUCUACACGGACUCGGACAAGUUUGGGGAGCACAUCCGGCAACUGCGCGCACACAUGGCGCCACAUCUCACCCACGUCAUAUCCGUUAAUCGUUCCACGCUUUGGCCAUUCCAGUAUAAGGAUGUCAUAGCCCGCCUGUAUGCCCGCAAGGACUACCCGAAACAUGCGCCAAACACCGUUGUUCCCGAAUAUUCCUGCUCCAUGCACGCCAAGUACGCAUGUCUGCACGACGCCAUGGUGUUACAGCAUGGUUUGGUGACAACGCACUUCGUAGCUUGGGUCGACAUCGGAUAUUACCGGGACCUCACAAAUUCAAACAUUAGCUACUGUAUUGUCCCUCCCAAGGAUUUCAAUGAAACAAAAGUUCUUUAUAACCAGGUAUACAUGCCAAAUUUCAAUCUCUCACCACGAGAUAUAUUCUACCAUAACCAUGUGUGGGUCGGAGGAGGGAUGUUCAUAGCAACACGCGAGGUCAUGCUCAGACUCUGUGAUGAAUACAAGAGGGCGGCCACAUUUUUACUCCUCGAGCGUAAUCUGAGCUCCACGGACCAACAGACACUAUAUGCCAGUAUGACUACUGAAGGCAAAAGAGAUGUAAGAUUGACUGUGGAUAUCGCUGUGCUACCAGGAACACAUGGAUGGUUUCAACUGGGCAACUCUCUUCUACGUCCAGUUUGAAAGUAGUCUUUGUGGGGAACAUUUGUAACCGUGGAGUCGUUCUCAAACUGCUGAAUCAAGUCCAAGAGGUUUGAGGCCAAAAAACUGCAAUGUAGCUGGCCGCCGAAGGCCGUUAUAUCAGCAAAAGAAUACACAUAUUAGGCAUCAAUCUGUGAUUGUGGCCGUUGAUUGGUCGUCACUACAGACUGAGAUAACUUUCAUAUUCCGCAUGUGGUCCUUUUACGCCGUAUCAGUAGCUCGAUUGGGUGCCUUAUUUAUAAUAAUAAUGAUAAGUAAAUAUUUAUUUAGAGCAUACUGACACUUCAAAGAAACGUGCCCUUAGCGGAAUGAGACAUCAUACGAGGGACGCAAGGAUAGGCCACAGUGCUGGUGACAAAGAGAAGACAAACUGAAUUCGUUCGCAAAAGGUUGUGUGACAAAAUGUUUGUGGGUGUUUUUGUUCUGGUAACUGUGGGAAUGUGGAAAAGUGCCGGUGUGGCGCUGCGGUGAUAACAAAUAUUUUUAUGAAGUAAAACGUAGUCAGCAGAGGUUUUGAACAACUGUUCGCUAGUUACAACUGUGACAGUACCCCAACAGGGACACAACUGGAAUUUUUUCGGUAAAGCAUGUAAUUAAUAAUAGCUUUUAUGUCCGUUUAUCUCAGUUUCAUUUCCUCCACAUUAUUCUUUGAAGAGUAGCAUGAGCCAGUGUUUUGUAGAUGAGUGUCAUUAAAGAAUACAUGCGACGCGCCUGAUGCUGAUGAAUGUUGCUGCUGACAGAGAAGUAUAGGUUAAGAAGAGAAAGGAGUGUGGGUGCUGUUAUUAAUAAUGUGUUACACUUUUGUGCGGUUUUUUAUUUAUUUUUUGUUGUUGUUGUUGUUUUGGGGGUUUUUUUUUGGUUAUUUUUUGUUGUUUUUUGUGUGUGUGUUUUUUGUUUUUUUUUUGUCUACCGCGAGGCACUCCCGCGGGAAAAGAAGAAGAAAAUUAUAGGUGUGACUCUGACCGCCCACCAUAACAUGACUGCAGGAAAAAAACGUUAUCUACACGUCAGUCAGUUUAAGAAAUACAUCCCUUCACACGACCCCCAAAUACUCAAGCACUAAUGAGGGCACAGAAAAGGUCUGCGUCUCUUUUCCAUCUUUCUUUGUUUUAUGAAAAGAUUUCAGAUGCCUAUUGCUUUUGCAUACUGGGAUGGCAUAGCGUUUACCUGAACUUAAUAUAACAAAGUCCCCCGCUACCACAUGUUCAGGUAUUGGCAGGGAUUGACAGUAUAUACAUACACGCAAGAUUAAAACACCAACAAAAAUGAAUACAACAUUAGGUGGGGGAAUGGGUGGGGAAUCAACAAACAGAAAUGCUGAACUCUGUAAGAAACACAGAACAGUACUCCUCUCUCCGCAGUAAAAAUCUUUGAUUACAAGUUCCCAUGACAAGUUCAGUUGGUCUUUUUUUUAACGGCGAUUUGCCAGUACCCUUUAGCGAGAUCCAACUUCCGAGUGAAGUCCUUAGCAUUUUCAACUUAGGAUAUACAUCCUCUGAAAUAGGAAUCGGUUUCGUAUCAAACCUAGUUAUUUGAUUUAAAGUUCGAUAAUCGGCGCAAAAGAGGAUAUUUCCGUCCUUCUUCGUAAGGAGUCCAGGCGAUGAGAAUGGGGAAUUUGAGGGCUCAGAUACUCCCAUCCUAAGUACUCGAGAUGUCGCGUAACCGCCCCCGACGUCGCAGGAUGCACACCAUCACAAUCAGGGUGGCAGAUCAAAUGUCCUCUCAAGGUGUUCGCUGGCUCUUGGGCUCGCUAGACGGAUAGGGGUACACAAGGUGAACUGUCCCUUGAUUGUCGCACACACCCAGCGACCGGCCAGCACAGUACGGACAACAGCACAAUCGCCGACACGCGACACGAGAAUACUUCAAAAGACAAUUUCAUCCUGGUAAAAAUGGCUACAAGGGCUUCAGCAAUAGUGACACUAUGUUUUUCAGCAAUAUUGCUUCUGGGUACCGCGAAGUACUCCUAACACCCUUUCCCACAAUGCUAGUCCUUUUCACACCCUUCCUUUGGCAAUAUCAUGUUACUCUCAGCUCUUGUUCUUGUUAUCCGGUUCCUCUUUAUGCUUUCUGUACUUGAUUUUAUUCUUCGUUUAGUAUGGUUGUUUAUUCGUUUAUAGCUCAUAUGUUAUUUGUUUGUUUUCCUGUUCCUCGUAUGCUGUCCAUGUUUCGUUCUUGUUCUUAAGCGCUUAGAGCAUGCUCCUUAGGAGUGUAAGUAUGCGCUUUACAAAUUUUGCAUUUAUCAUUGUUAUUAUGAUUAUUUUUAAGUGCCCGAAUUCGCGACAGGAACAACAUCUAAUCUUUUCCUGUGAAUCUGGCGCCGAGUCCUUUGAUUGAAAGUGACUGUUUUCACCUGUCUGUCAGGGACCAGUAUUAGGGACAGGAGGUUGUUGCCCCUGUCUUUCGUUUUGUUAAAGAUUGUUGCCCUUGCCUUGUAUUUAAGAUAUGUUUGGAUACGUCGCGGUUUCGCGCCAGAACCCGACGUCAUUUUAUGACGCAAAAAAGUGACGUAAUUGGAUAGAGACGCAAGUGAAAAAUAUUUUUGGAAGAAAGCAGACGGCUGGGAGCAGGGAAGAGAGUUGGAUAGAAAGUGUGUGUGUGGUGUUCGCUUGGGAUAUUGUGUGUGUAUCGAUCCCUGCAAGUUUAUCUGUGUGGUGCCGGGAGUAUCUGUGUGAGUUCCUGGAGUGUAUUUGUGGUGCCGGGAGUAUCUGUGUGAUUUCCUGGAGUGUAUUUGUGGUGCCGGGUUUAUCUGUGUGAUUCCCUGGAGUGUAUCUGUGUGGUGUGGUGUGGGAAUUUAUUUGUGGUGCCUGGGUCAUGUGUUGACCCCCAGCAAAUAUAUUUUGAGUCGUCUGUUAGGUGUCUGCUGAGUCAGCACCUAUUAUUAGUAAGCUGCGGAACGUAUAUGUGAUUUCCGCUGAACGAUCGUGAGUGAGGAUUUUACGCAGACGUGGAAAUUGUGGAUGUGAGUAAGUAAGACUAUAAUGAAAUAUUCAGAAACAUAUGAGAGUUCGUAGAAUAUUGAAAGGAACAUGUGUAUGUCGUCUUGGGACAUGAAGAGAACUGUAUGGAGUUGAAGAUCGCUGUGUGGAAGAUCUACUGACUAUAUGUAUAUAUUUAGUUGAUGUUGGAUUGAUUUAAAGUUAUUUUUAUUUCCACGACAAAUCUUUGUGCUUUAUGUUUGAAAGAAUACGCAAGGGAACGCGUGCGUGUUGAGAGAGUGAGAAAGAGAUUUUAUAAAAGCGCGUUCCU